AAACAUAUAAAAAAGUACUUCCCAAGUGGGAAAUCACUUUGUGAAGAUGAUAAGUCAGACCCUAUAAAACGAGCAUUCAAAGCUUCCACAAAACAAUCAAAAGAUUAAAUUCGAAGAAACAAGAUGCAACUGCUGCCAAUCCUUGUGAUCUUUGCUUUAGUCAUCUGUGCCGUCUGCAAGAACCAUGAGGAGUGGGGAGGACACCGACCAAGUGAUUAUGACCCUAGGCCAUAUUCAAGGCGGUUUUGAAUCAAUUGAAAGCUACCGAGUUAAUAAUAAUCAAUGAAAAAUCAAUAAAAUCAAAAACUAGGA